GCGUAACGGGCUGACACGAGUAAACCUGGUGACCAAAAAUAACUCCUUAUUUAAAUGUUCCACGUGCUCUUACUCAUCCAUUCACGCAGCUGAGCGUCUCUUGCAAACCAUGGAAAGCCGCAGCUCUUCUCGUUUACUUCAUAUUGCUUUUUCAGUUUUUUCUUUUGUGUGCAUCGUAGAAGGAGAGAAGUGUAACACUCUGAAUGGCAAGUGGUACAAUCAACUGGGUUCUGAAAUUUUCUUAGAGCAUGGCACUGAUGGUAUCCUUUAUGGGGAGUACAGAACUGCAGUGGAAAGGCGCAAUGGCUCUUCUGGGGUGAAUCACUCUAUUGUGUUAGGUUCUGCACCGUAUAACUUCCCUAGUGCAGCUUUUGCUUUUUCAGUUGUCUGGCGAAAUGGUACCUCAACAACAGUGUGGACUGGUCAAUGUUUUGUCCGCGAAGAUGGCCAUGAGACACUCCUCACAUCAUGGCUACUGCGUUCCACUGUCGAAACCUGUAUAGACAAGUGGAAAUCAACCAUGAUUGGUCGAGACACAUUCACUAGAUAUGAGCAGCUUCAUGGUCCUCGGAAACCAGAUGAGGGAAAAACAGAAGGACAAACAGAAAUUGAUAAAAUAAUCCAUAGUUUUGACCCUGAUGUCAAAAACAAACCUUGUAAUUUGAAUGGAAAGUGGUAUAAUGUCCUGGGCUCUGAGAUGAUUCUUAAACAGAGAUUAAAAGAUAAUGUUAUUGAAGGGGAAUAUCGCACAGCUGUUGAGAGAGAAACAGGUGCAGCAGGUAACAGCCAUUCUAAGGUGUUUGGAAUUGGACAGCUUGGUGGCUCAAGCAGCACAUUUUCUUUCUUUGUGGUAUGGAAUAAUGGUUUGUCUGCCACUGGAUGGGUGGGGCAGUGCCACAUUUGUGGUGAAAAUAAAACAGAGACCAUUGAAAGUACCUGGCUCUUGAGAAGCAAGAUAGAAGCAGUAAGAGAUAACUGGAAGUCAACUUUGUACAGUGAAGAUAGCUUCACUCGCACUGAGACCACACCAGGGCCUAGGAAAAAUGACAACACACAUACACCUGACAGGAGUGGAGAUGAACCUCCAAAGGCUUGUAAAGGUUGUCAUCCUCUGUUUUCUUUUGCCCUUUUGGGCUUGAGUGUGCUAGUGUCUCUACUGUUGUAAACAAUCUGGCAGGUUUACAAGUGAUUAAUGCUUGGGGGAUUUUUGAAGUGGUCUCCGUUUUGGUUCAAUAGUUUGGUUUUUAAAUUUCUCCUCUGCUCAAUGCAGAUUUCCAAAACCUUAGUAUUUUUUUUUUUCUGAUAACAAAUGAUAAAGGAAUAAAAAGCAGGUACUUACAUACUCAAUAACAAAUAUGUCCAACAUUUCAAUUUCAUUGGAUAAUGUUAUUAUUGCAUGGUGCAAUUUAUAGAAGUGAAACACUAUAAUUCAAUGUAAUUCUCAGCAUAUUCCCAUUGAGUAACUUAGUUUUUGUUUAGUAUUUUUAACUGUCCACUCUAGCUUGUUGGUGAAAAUUAUUAAGUCCUUAUAAGAACUUUGAUGUGAUCUUUUUGAGCAAUUCUGUGUUACUCUUUAUUCGAGCCUUGUUUGCACUGUAUGCGUUUUCUUGUACCAAAGACAACUCUAUUUUCCCUCUGGAAUAUUCUUGUUGGGGUCAAGAAUACAAAAUUUGUCUUAAAAGGAAAGUAUUAAUCAUUGUAAUUCUUCCCAACAGGAAUCAUAAGAACUUGAUAAUAAGCUAUUUGGUAAAAAUAUUUAUUGUUCUAGUUUCAUAACAUUGUUCUAGUUUCAUAACAGUCAAGUUAUGAACUGCAUGCAGUUACACCUUGUAGUUAUUUUAUUAACUGUCAACUUUGAUCAACUUGAGGAUACAUUUUUGAUAAGUCGCAAGCCCUAUUUUGUCAUACCUCACUUCAAUAAUUGUUGUAUUACUGUCCGAGUAAUACAAUAAUCUACCUUUUUUUUUUAAAAAAACAUCUUGGCAUCAGUGAACGACGUCAGUUAUUGGAAAACCGCUUCACUCGCAAUUUUUCUUACAGGUAUCAUACCCUUUUAACUGAUGAUAUUUAAUUCUGCAUUGCAGCAGUUGGUGAACAAAACUAUUUUGUAUUUAACUACAUGGGAUAUCACACAAUCUCAUAUUUUUUAAAUAACUGAAUAUUCCAUGUGAACAUGGAUCAAAUAAAUGUGACUGAGAAUGAGUUUUCAAAGAGUUAAUUUAAGAAUUCUGUGUCAUUUACAUUGUAUUUAACCAAUAUUUAAGGGAAUAUCCACCUUUGUAAACCAGUCAGCAAAGCUGAUCAGGAGAGUCUUUUAGAGUGCUACUCUGUGAUGAACAUAAUAGUGUGCACUUUCAGUAUUAAGAUUAUUUUGUUCAGUGAGUAGAGUAAUGAGUUAAAUACUGGUAUGAGCUGUAAUAAAAUAGUUACAGAGUAAAUUAAACAUGAGUUUAUGGUCAA